GUAUGGGGAAGGAGUCUGAACUUUGAGCUAAAGAUCUGAUAACAUUAAUUUAGGGAGAUUAUUGCAUUAUGGAUGGAUAUCCCUAACUUAAACCAACCCCUUUUUUCUAAAUUAUACAUUUGGGGUAUUAGAUAUUAUUAUCUUUGAAUUAAUGAAUGGCCACUGGUUUACCUACUUCAACCUGUUUGAGAAUUUAAUGGAGCAUUACUGCAGACAGAUCCUUGUUCAAGGAAUUGACUUUUGAAAGGGGGUGUGGGUGUGCUUGAAUGGAAGCCAUGCAGAUUGAUGAGUUGUGACAAACAACAGGUGUAGGGACCCCUAGUAAAGGGGAUAGUAGGGUCCCCUAGCUGUGGGUUGUUUGCUGAUGGGGCAUUAGGCAAAUUUCGUUGCUUCAAGUUUUGUUUUCAAAACGUAUUUUGCCAAGCCCAAGACAAAAUUACAAAACUGAAAGCAACUUUAUUUAUUUUUUCUUUUUUUUUCUCUCUCUUUUUUUCAAGUGGUGACACUGACAAGCAUUUGUCCCAUGCAGAGACCAGGUGUUGCAAGAAAUCCUCAACGAUUUCACCCUCUUUCAUGCAAAGGGGAGAUGGAUCUUUCUUCUAACUCUUUCCCCCUUAUAUAUACAUGGGGUUCACCAUUGCUUCAUUUCAUAAGUGUCUUUUCUUUUCCUUUGCUUUGCUUUCUUUUCCAAGGCUAGCUUUGUUUCUCUAAGGGGCCUGACUAUAUACGUAGUGGUGGAAAUAUCGGCUCUAAAGAAUUAAAGAAACAAUGUUGGCUGAUUUCAUGCCAUUCUUGGCCAAUGUUCUGCUGCAAGUAGGCUAUGCAGGCAUGAACAUUACAUCAAAGCUGGCCCUGGAAUCUGGAAUGAAACCUCUUAUUCUUGUUGCCUACCGUCAAAUCUUUGCCACCCUCGCCAUUGCUCCUUUUGCCUUUUUCUUAGAGCGGAAAACAAGGCCUAAGCUCACCAUGCCAAUUCUUUUCCAGAUUUUCUUAUGUUCACUGACAGGGGCAACAGCAAACCAGGUUUUUUAUUUUGUAGGGCUGCAAAAUACUACUGCAACGAUUGCAUGUGCAUUGAACAAUGUACUGCCAGCAGCCACAUUUCUCCUCGCAGCCAUUUGCAGACAAGAAGCUGUGGGGAUAAAGAAAGCAUCAGGGCAGGCUAAGGUAAUAGGUACUUUGGUAUGUGUUGGUGGAGCUAUGUUGCUGUCAUUUUACCAUGGACACAUCAUCGGCAUAGGUGAAUCCAGCAUUCACUGGAACUAUGCCAAUAAAAUGGCAAAUUCAAGUCCCAGCCCUAGUGGUUCAAACUUCUUCCUUGGUCCUUUCCUUGUAAUGGCCAGUGCUGUUGCUUGGGCACUAUGGUUCAUAAUCCAGGGACAAACAAGCAAGAGCUUCCCAGCUCCUUACACAAGCACUACUCUAAUGUGCUUCAUGGCCAGCAUUGAGUGUACAAUAAUCGGCAUAUUUUCAGACCCCAAGCCAUCAGCUUGGUCAUUGAGCUCCAGCAUGAGGCUUAUUGCAGCUCUUUAUGCGGGAAUUAUAUGUAAUGCAGUAGCAUUUUGCGUAAUGUCAUGGUGCAUCCAGAAAAGAGGUCCUCUCUAUGUGUCAGUGUUCAGCCCUUUGCUGCUUGUCAUUGUGGCUAUUCUAAGUUGGGCCCUGCUUCGUGAGAAACUAUAUGUGGGAACUGUUGUAGGGUCACUGCUGAUAGUUGGUGGGCUGUAUGCUGUCCUGUGGGGAAAAGAUAAAGAGAUGAAACAGAUGAAAGGCAAUGAAAAAGGAGGAGAAGAGCAAGUAGUAGUAGAAGAAGGGGCAGUGGAAGUCACCAAAGCUGGUGACAGAGAUCAUGACUUGGAGAUGCAGUUGCAGCAAGGCGGCGCCGCCCGUGGUUAACUAGGGCGUACGGGAUCCAAAAAAAGGAAUGUUAACAUAUAUGUAUGAAAGUAGAACCCUGCUGUGACACCCCAGCAGAGUGUUUUAGUGGGUUUUAUUUUGUUCUUGGAUGCAGCUGUUAAAGAGUUUUUAGUAUGUUUAGCUAUUAUUAAUAAUAAUCUUUCUUUCCUCAUUACACAUGGCAAAGCUACCUCCAAAUUUGAUGUUCCUUAAACCAUAUUUUAAAAUGAUUGUACUUUCAAUUUGGACAUAUCCAAUGUGAUUAUAUAUUAAACCAUCUUAAAAUAAUUUAUAUAAA